CUGGGCAGCGAGGCCUUUCCGGAUCCGGUGCGCGGUGCAUGGUGGGAUACCGGUGGAGGCCAUUAGAGCGCUAAAGCUGAGCCCACGCUGAGCAGAGACGUGCCUCGUGGAGCGUUUAGAGCUGCACUGCUGCAAAGAUGUCCAUCGGAGUGCCAAUUAAAGUGCUGCAUGAGGCAGAGGGCCACAUUGUGACAUGUGAGACCAAUACAGGGGAAGUCUACCGUGGCAAACUCAUUGAGGCGGAGGACAACAUGAACUGCCAGAUGUCCAACAUCACAGUGACAUACAGAGAUGGGCGAGUGGCACAGCUGGAGCAGGUGUACAUCAGGGGUAGCAAGAUACGGUUCCUCAUUUUACCAGAUAUGUUGAAAAAUGCUCCUAUGUUAAAGAGCAUGAAGAAUAAAAACCAGGGUUCUGGGGCCGGACGAGGCAAAGCAGCUAUUCUUAAAGCCCAAGUGGCUGCAAGAGGAAGAGGUCGUGGAAUGGGCCGUGGCAACAUUUUCCAGAAGCGAAGAUAAUUUUGGACUUAACUUUCUCUCUCUCUCUUUUUUUUUUUUUUUUUUAAGGGUUUAAUUUAGGUGCAGCAGUUAGGGUUUUGUUUAAAUAAAAUCUGUUUCUGACAAAAUAGAGA